CGAAAAUAAAACUACAUAAUCACUUCAUCUAUCUCCUCCAUACACUGAACUCAGGUUCAAGCACCUCUCUUAUGACCCUUUGAAUCCUUCAAUCUCUCUCCUUCAAUGGCGAAAACCCUGAUUUCUUCUUCGCCAUUCAUCGGAACUUUACCUCCAUCCAAAUUUUUACGCCAUGGCCUUUAUUCUCUCCCCAAUCGAAGCAAAAUUCUUAGUACUUCUGUCAAAUUUAGCUUCCAGGAAAUUCCUCCGAUUUCUUCGAUUGGCAGUUCAAUUGAUUUGAACGCAUUUUUUAGUAAAGCUGAAGGUAUUGUAUAUACUCUCGCUGACGCCGCUGUUUCAGCUUCUCCUGACGCUUCUGGUGCUUCGGUUCAAAAAAGUGGUGGCUGGUUCGGGUUUAUUUCCGACGCAAUGGAAGUCGUAUUGAAGGUUAUGAAAGACGGGCUUUCAGCUUUACAUGUUCCAUAUUCAUAUGGUUUUGCAAUCAUUUUACUCACUGUCGUCGUCAAGAUUGCAACUUUUCCUUUGACAAAGCAACAGGUUGAAUCAACACUGGCUAUGCAAAAUCUCCAACCAAAGAUAAAAGCCAUUCAAGAAAGAUAUAAAGGGAAUCAGGAAAGGAUACAACUCGAGACAUCACGCCUUUACAAGCAAGCUGGUGUUAAUCCAUUGGCAGGGUGCUUUCCCACUUUGGCAACAAUACCUGUCUGGAUAGGAUUGUAUCAAGCUCUUUCAAAUGUAGCUAACGAGGGAUUGCUGACAGAAGGAUUUUUCUGGAUUCCUUCGUUGGGGGGGCCAACUACAAUUGCUGCACGUCAAAGUGGUGCCGGCAUCUCCUGGCUCUUUCCUUUUGUGGAUGGUCAUCCACCCCUUGGCUGGGGCGAUACUGCAGCUUACCUUGUUCUGCCUGUCCUGCUAGUUGCCUCACAAUAUAUUUCAAUGGAGCUUAUGAAGCCUCCUGAAACUGAUCCAUCUCAGAAGAAUUCACUUCUCGUCCUGAAGUUCCUUCCUCUCAUGAUUGGUUAUUUUUCAUUAUCCGUUCCAUCCGGAUUAUCCAUCUACUGGUUUACAAAUAAUGUUCUGAGUACUGCACAGCAGGUAUGGCUACGCAAAUUAGGUGGCGCAAAGCCUGUUGUAAAUGAGAAUGCCAGUGGCAUUAUUAGUGCUGGAAAGGCAAAACGUUCAGCAUCUCAACCUGCUCAGAUUGACGAUAGGCUAAGACCAUCUAAAGAAGAAGCAAGACGUAAACAAAUAAGCAAAGCACUGCCAGAUGAUCAGGCAUCUGUAUCUGAUACUGAAACUGGGUCUGAUGAUGAAUCUAAAGAAACGGAUAAAUUAGAAGAGGCAUAUGUAUCUAGUGACAGCAAACAGCUUCCCAAGUAUUCUACUCCAAAGAAGAGCAAGCGAUCAAAGCGGAAGCGUGUGGUUUGAUUGCAUUGAGUUGUAUGUAAUUUAUAUUCAGUUUUGUACAUCUCAUGAAAUCAUAUCAUAGUCAGGGUCAUAGCAGCCAUUCGAUGUCUUAUUUGUUUCAACCUCUGAUGUUGUGAAGCUGCGCAUUUGUCACUGCCCUUUCCAUGUAAUUUGGGCUGACCACAUUUUUGUAACAAAUAAUUUGGUACGAUAUGAAAUUAGAAUUAAAAGCAACAACAUCCUCAUA